AAGCGGGCGCGGGCGUGUGGGGCCGGACCGGGUCGUACGGUGCUGCGGGACAUCGGCACCUCCGACACCGACCGCGCCUUCAUCAUCUUCCCUCUCCUUCAUUUUUUCCCUUUCCUUCGCCCUCCUCCUUCCCGGGCCGUAGCCGCCAUGGUGAACCUGCGGGUGUGCGCGCUGGAGUGCGAGGCGCUGCGGGGGCUGCUGCAGGAGCGCGCCGCGCAGUGCCUCGUCCUCGACUGCCGCUCCUUCUUCUCCUUCAACGCCGCUCACAUCCGCGGCUCCUGCAACGUCCGCCUCAGCACCAUCGUCCGCCGACGCGCCAAGGGUGCCCUGGCCCUGGAACACGUCGUCCCCAACGAGGAGCUCCGCGCCCGCCUGCGCCAGGGGCUGGUCCACACCGUGGUACUGCUGGACGAGCGCAGCGCCGACCUGGAGCUGCCCAAGCGCGACAGCACCCUGCUGCUGGCCCUCGGCACCCUUUGCAGGGAGGCCCGCGGCGCCCGCAUCUGCUUCCUCAAGGGAGGUUACGAAGCUUUCUCCUCCGCCUGCUCCGAACUCUGCACUAAGCCGGCCGCCCCCACCGGCCUCAGCCUCCCCCUGAGCGCCAGCAGCGCGCCUGGCAGCGCCGACUCGGGGUGCAGCUCCUGCGGGACCCCCCUCUACGACCAGGGUGGCCCGGUAGAAAUCCUGCCGUUCCUCUACUUGGGCAGCGCUUACCAUGCCUCCAGGAAAGAUAUGCUGGACGCUUUGGGCAUCACGGCGUUAAUAAAUGUCUCGGCGAACUGCCCCAACCAUUUUGAAGGGCACUACCAGUAUAAGAGUAUCCCCGUGGAGGACAACCACAAGGCAGAUAUCAGCUCCUGGUUUAAUGAGGCGAUUGAUUUCAUAGACUCUGUUAAAAACGAUGGAGGAAGGGUAUUUGUGCACUGCCAAGCUGGCAUUUCCCGGUCAGCAACCAUCUGCCUUGCUUAUCUCAUGAGGACCAACAGAGUCAAACUGGAUGAAGCCUUUGAAUUUGUGAAGCAGAGAAGAAGCAUUAUCUCCCCAAACUUCAGCUUCAUGGGGCAGCUGCUUCAGUUUGAGUCACAAGUCCUUGCCCCCAACUGUUCAGCAGAAGCUGGUAGCCCUGCUAUGUCAGUAUUGGACAGAGGAGCAUCGACCACCACUGUCUUUAAUUUUCCAGUCUCCAUCCCUGUUCAUACCUCAUCCAGUGCUUUAAGCUAUCUUCAGAGCCCCAUCACCACUUCCCCAAGCUGCUGAGAAGUGGAUGAAAAUACAGGCAGAACUCAGACUUACUGUCUCAAAAGUGCAAUAACUAUGGGGACAGUGUCAUAAGUCAUUUGUGUUUUGUGGGGAACCAUCGAUACAUCACAGAAGGGUGUUGUAGAUGGAGAGGAGCUCACCUGAUGCCAGACAACUAGGUGUUACUCACUUUUCUGCUGACUUUUGAAGCCAAUAUCUGGAUGUCUACACAGAUGAAAACACUGUCUCUUUUCUGAGCUGUUCCUCCUUGUCUUCUGUCUGUCCUAAGCCUGCUUCAUGUUUAGUAGCAUGCUCACCAGUAUUCCCAUUCCUGGACACUUUGAACAACACUGCUGUCCCCUUUUAUAUGGCAGUCCUAUUUAUUUUUUUUUUUUACAUUAGUGCAUUGGUUUUUGCCUUUACAAACCUAAAGUUUCAUUUCUAGAGAAACCAAAUACCUCAGUAUUUUUUUGGUACUGUAAUCCUGUCUGUAUAUGUCAGCUUUUCUUGUUUUCCAAGCACUGACGUGAAAGCACCAGGCGAGUGCUUUUUUGAGUUGACAAGGGUUAUGUUUGCUGAUUUAUUUAUGAUGUGAAAUAAUAUAUUUCUUCUUAUGAAGACAUAGUUUUGUUACAUGAUUAACUUUUUAUACAAACAGAAUAAAUUAUGAUAUUUCUAUU